AUGAUGCGACCGUUUUGGAUAGGGCUUGUGUGGCUCCUACUCGCACCGCUGCUCCAGUCCCAACAGGUGCGUCAGGCGACGAACGAAGAUCGGUGUCAGGACCGGUCGUGUUACCCGAUCACGGGAAAUCUGCUCAUCGGAAGAAAGAGCCAGCUGAAGGCGUCGUCGACGUGCGGUCUCGAACGCGCUCAACGCUUCUGCAUUGUGUCGCAUUUGGAGGAGGAGAAGAAGUGCUUCAAGUGUGAUUCGAGGGAUCAGGCGAGCCGACAAGGACAUCGGUGAGUUUGAAUCGGGUGUAAUAGUGCGAGGGGGAGGAGAAGCGGCCGGAAUUGAUUAAUUGCCCCGGAGGAGCGCAGGGGCGAGCCACUUUUUCUUUUUGCUCUUCAUUCAAUCAGAACAGGGGCAGAAGCACAAGAAGAACUAAUAAAUUCUUUUUUCAGUAUCGAAAACGUCGUCAAGGAAGUGAUCGAAUCCAAAAACCCGUGGUGGCAAUCGGAGAAUGGCGUUCAAAACGUCACAAUCCAGCUGGAUCUCGAAGCGGAAUUCCACUUCACCCACUUGAUCAUGACGUUCAAGUCGUUCCGUCCGGCCGCCAUGAUCAUCGAACGAUCGGCAGAUUUCGGAAAGACGUGGCAAGUGUACCGAUACUUUGCCUACGACUGCGACAGUAACUUUCCCGGAAUUGCGGAGGGACCGCCCAAGAAGCACAGCGAUGUGAUUUGCACUUCGCAGUACUCUGACGUGGCACCGUCGACGGGCGGAGAGCUAAUCUACAAGGUCAUUUCGCCGCACAUUGUGACCGAGAAUCCGUACGCCGACGAGAUUUCGCAACUUUUGAAGAUCACAAAUCUUCGGUUCAACUUCACAAAACUACACACUCUCGGCGACGAUCUUCUCGACUAUAGGUACAAUUUGCACCGCCUUUUUGACGUGACACCUCUCUCAUUUCAGGCCAGAAAUCGACGAGAAGUACUACUACGCCAUCUACGAGAUCGUCGUCCGAGGAUCGUGCUCCUGCUACGGUCACGCCUCCAGAUGCAUCCCGAUCGAUCCGCGUGUGAGCGCGAACACGGUGAUGGAGCGAGCGGAUAUUGUGCACGGACGGUGCGAGUGCAUGCACAACACGGAGGGACUGAACUGCGAAAAGUGCAAAGCGUUCUACAACGAUCUGCCAUGGAGACCGGCGAUCGGAGACGAGAAGAACGAGUGCAGACAGUGUAAUUGCAAUCGGCACGCGUUGAGAUGUCACUUCGACAGAGCCGUUUAUGAAUCGAGUGGUGAGUAGAGGAGAGUCUUCUAUCUUUGAAAACCCGAAUCUCGAGAACCACCGAUUGUACGAGAACGUGAUCAACUAGAAAGUUGUUGCAAAUCUUGUGCCAAUCAACUUUGUAGUUUAAAGUUUUGCGCCAAAACUUGUCGUUUUCGAGUUAUGCUUCAAUUUCUGAUGAUGUUCACUUAAUUUAUUCGAAACCCCUCGAAUUUCCAGGCUUCGUGUCGGGAGGAGUCUGUGACGACUGUAUGCACAACACGCAGGGAAAGAAUUGUGAGCAGUGCAAACCGUUCUUCUACCGUGAUCCGAGACGGACCAUCGACGAUCCGCACGUGUGUUUGCCGUGCGAGUGCGAGAAGGCCGGAUCGCAGAAUAAGGUGGGACAUUGUGUUCCCUUUGGAGCCUUCCUAAACCUCCGAUUUUCAGGGCAUUUGCGAGGGAGAAGAGGACGCCGAACGUGGACUCGUCGCCGGAAAGUGCUACUGUAAGACGAACGUCGACGGAAACCGGUGCGACAGAUGCAAGAACGGCUACUGGAACCUGACCGAAUCGAACAUUGACGGAUGUGUGGCGUGCACGUGCAACCUGCUCGGAACCUAUAAUAACGAGGGGUGCGACAAGUACACGGGAAUGUGCACUUGCAAGCGGCUCGUGACCGGAGAGAACUGCGAUCAGUGUCUGCCCGAACACUACGGACUGUCGGAUCACGUCGACGGGUGCAAGGCGUGCGAUUGUGACAUCGGAGGCUCGUACGACAACACGUGCGAUCUGACGAGCGGACAGUGCAAGUGUCGAGAGGGAUUCAGCGGACGACGGUGCGAGACGGCCGACUCUUCGUUCUACUGCGCCGACAUCACGCACUACGUCUACGAGGCCGAGUACGCGAACCUGACGCGCGGAGAAGUCAAGACUCGCGAGUGGCCAUCGCAGCCGCACGAGCAAACGUGGACCGGCGAGGGAUUCGCGCAAGUCGCCGAAGGAUCCAUCAUCACCAUCAAUCCAAUCGUCGAGGUGUCGCAAAAGUACAACGUGAUCAUUCGCCACGACGGAGCCAGAGAUCCGGUCGGAUGGGAGAACGUGCAGAUCACGAUUGUGCGGCCGGAGACGGAAGGAGCCGGCUUCUGUGCCGACUCUCCGCCGUCCGAUGACUUCCUCAUCGCCCGAAUCUAUCCGGGAUCGCGAUAUAUCGAAGUGCAACCAGCGAUCUGUCUGGAGGCCGGAGUUCAGUACGAGAUCCGAGUGCAGUUCAACGAGAAGCGCACGAAUUCGCAUCCGAACGAACGGGCGGCCGCCAACAUUCUCAUCGACUCGAUCCUCCUCGCCCCGCCCACCACCGAUCUUCACAUCUUCCAAGGAUCGGCGAGAGCCGAGCAGCAUCGUGACGAGUACAACAGAUAUCAGUGCAGACAUCUCGCCCUCUCGCUUACCCUCUUCAAGGAUCAGCGGAACGAGGUGUGCGAGAGGUACGUGUGUCCCGUCGCCGCCGCUCUUCUCAACAAGACGAGCGAGUGCAACUGCGACGCGACCGGCUCCGUCUCCGGAAUCUGUAGUGUGCUCGGAGGACAGUGCGAAUGCAAACCGAACGUCGUCGGAAGACGAUGCGAUCAAUGCGCCAUCGGAACCUACGGAUUCGGACCGUCCGGAUGCCAGAAGUGCGAUUGUGACGCCGUCGGAUCGCUCGGAAACGAUUGUGACAAGCAGUCCGGACAGUGUGUGUGCCGUGAGAAGGGCAUCUACGGAAGACAGUGCAACCAGUGCCAGCCCGGUUUCUGGGGCUUCCCCGAGUGCCGGACGUGUCAGUGCAACGACCACGCGAACAUUUGCGAUCAGUCCACGGGAGCGUGUAUCGAAUGCCGCGACCUCACCACCGGACACUAUUGCGAUCGCUGCCAAGACGGUUAUUAUGGAGAUCCGAGACUCGGCGUCGGCAUCCCGUGCAAACCUUGCCCGUGCCCCGGUGGACCGACCAGCGGAUAUCAGCACGCGGACACGUGCUACCUACGAAACUCUGGAAACAACACGCAGGACAUUGUGUGCAACUGCAAGUCCGGAUACCAGGGAGAGCGGUGCGGUGAGUGCGCCCAGAACCAUUGGGGAUCGCCGAGAGAGGUCGGAGGAUCGUGCGAACGGUGCGAUUGUAACGGAAACAUUGACAUGUCGGCGGAGGGAAGUUGCGAUGCGACGACCGGCGAAUGUCUCAAGUGUCUGCAUCAUACGGAAGGAGCGCAGUGCGAGCAUUGUGUGGAUGGUUACUACGGAGAUGCCAAGAUGAAGACCUGUCAGGGAUGUGUGUGCAAUCAAUUGGGAACCAACUCGACCAAGGGCGCCUGUGAUCGUGUCUCCGGACAAUGCCCUUGUCACGAGAACGUCGUCGGAAUGCCGUGUGAUCAAUGCGCCGAGAAUCAUUUCAACUUGGCCAGUGGGACGGGCUGCGAGGCGUGCGGAUGUGAUCCGAAUGGAGUCGUCAAUAAUCACGAUGGCGUUCCGCACCUCCAAUGCAACAUCUUCGACGGUCAGUGUCAGUGCAAAGGGGACCGCGGAGGCAGAAAGUGCGAUCAGUGCCAGGACCUGUUCUGGGGAGAUCCGACCACUCCGGACGGCUGCCAUCGUUGCGAGUGCAAUCCGACGGGCGCGAAGAGUCUCCAAUGUCACCGAAACAACGGAACUUGCGAGUGCAACUCUGGAAGCGGCGGAGCUCUGUGCAACGAGUGUGCUCGCGGAUUCACGGGACAAUGGCCGCACUGUCAUCCGUGCGGAGAGUGCUUCCAUCAGUGGGACAACAUUAUGAUGAAGCUGCAGAAGCAGGUGCACGCCCUCAUCGAUACUGCCAACAACAUCGAGGACACUGGAGUCGCGUCGGCCUACGAUUCGGACUUUGAGAAGAUGGAGGAGACGCUGAAGGAGACGAAGAAGGCGUUGGCCGAUGCGAACAUCUCAAAGGAGGACAUCGAGGAGAUGAGCAAGAAGUUGGCGUUGCUCAGGAAGCAAGUGAUCGCCGGAAGAGAAAAGCUCGGAGCCAUCGAAUCCAGAAUCUCCAACAUCACGCAGGCCGUCGAUUUCGCCCAAAAGGACCUGGAACACUUGCAAAAGGAGGCCGAACGAGUGACAAAGGCGACUCUGGAGCUGGAGGACAAGGCGAGCAAGAUCAAGGAGGCCGAUGUGCUCGGAGCGUUCAACAUCACGCGCGAGUCUGGAGCCAAGUCGAUGGAUGCGCAGCGGAGAACUGACGCGGCGAUCGGAAAGUUGGCUGCCGCGGAGAACGAGGCGCUCAGGGCCAGCGAGCUUUUGGAGAAGAACAAGAACGACUUCGAGAAGCAGUACCUGGAGAACGAGGCGGCGCUCAACGAGGCAGACACCCUGCUCCACGGACUUGAGAACUUCUUGCCACGACUCAAUGAGCAAGUGUGCGGAGCUUCGAGUGCCCCGUGCGACGCUCUCUGCGGUGGACCCGGAUCUUGCGGAUUUUGCGGAGGACAGUCGUGCAUGGAGGGAGCCGUGAGCAAGGCGAAUCAGGCGAAGAGCUUCGCCACCGAAGCCGACACCAAGUUGGACGAGAAGCAGAAGGAGGCCGAGGAGGUGCUCGCCAUCGUCAGAGACGUGCUCACUUCGACGACUCAGGCCAAGGCGCAGGCGGAGAAGGCGUACGAUGUGGCGAAGCACACUGCGCAGAGGGCGAACGCAUCGAGAGCCGGACUCGACAAGAUCACCGAGGAGAUCAGCGAGUUCUUGAACGCGCAGAAAAGCACGCCCGAACAGAUCCGCAACUUGGCCGAGGAGGUGCUGGCCAAACAGAUCAGUCUGACACCCGAGCAGAUCACGGAGCUGACCGGGAAGAUCAAAGAGUCCCUCGCCAAGAUCAACAACAUCCAGGAGAUUCUGAAUGAGACGAGAGGCAAUAAGACGAUUGCCGCGAACCUGGAAGCCCGCGCGGUUGCCGCCAACAAAGAAGCCGAAGAGCUGAAGAAGGCGAUGGACGACAUCAAGGACGCUCUGCAACUGGCCGAACAGGCGCACGCCAACGUGACCACCGUACUCGAGGAGAUCGACGAACUCGGCACGCAGGCGAGAGAACUCAUCGAGAAGGCGCGCAACUCGACGGCGGCCGCAGAGGAGAAGGCGAAGAGUGCGAACGCGACACUGUCGGAGCUGGAGGGCGUGAUGAGCAGUGUGAAGGUCGAGUAUCUGCAGAUCUCCGAGUCGGCCAAGAAUGCGUUGAGCACUGUGGAUGCCGCGUUGGCCGCCGCUUCCAAUGCCGAGCAGAAGAACAAACAGAUUCAGGUGAGAUAUUAUCCAAAGAGGUGGUUUUGAGUAAAAUUGAAAUUUUUAGUCGGAUCUGGAGCGGGCUAACGAGUUGCUCGAGAAGCGAACGGAAGGAAACGAGGCGCCGCAGAAGCGAGCGGAAAAAUUGAGAGAAAGAGCCGCCAAGCUGCUCUAUCAGGCGCAGAGACACAACGACGACAUCGACAGUGAGUACUUCUUCCAUAGACAUCUCUUCAACAACAUCUUCUUCUUCUUCUUUUAGACUUGUCAAAGGACUCGACUGAGAUGCGACUCGACGACUACGAAGCGAUACUGGAGGACUUGAACCGGAGACUGGAGCGAGUGACUCUCGACAUUCACGAGAAGACCGACUUCCACGCGACGUGCGGAUAA